GAGAACAUAUAACUUUACAAAAAAAAAAAGGACUAUGUGAAGAUAUCUUGAUAGGACAGAUAAAAGAUCGUAUAAAGCAGAUUUUUGUUAAAAACUUGUUUGAAGCUUUGCAUGUACAUUUAUUCGAGUAGUUCCAAAAACACCCAGAUAAAAAUAAUUACUGCAAUAAUAAUAAUCUUGGGUUUGGUCUUCAUUUCUCGUUAUUUACGAAAUGUUCCGUUUAGUAUUGAUAUCUUCCAAUAGAAAAUUUCCCCAAAUUUUCUUUAAAAUUUCAUCAUCUUGGAAACCCCUUGCAAGUUGGGGUUUGCCCUUGAGCUAAGCUACACAAAACCCUAGAUAUCUUUAUAUAGACACACACAAAUACACACGGUAGACAUAAUCUUAUACUGCAACAACAGGGUCAUUGUCAUUUGAGUCAGUUGGUUCAACGCUGAACUUAUGCUGAAGUUUAAUUGCAGUUGCUCUCUGUCUAGGCGCCCCCUUGUUUUACCUUCUCUAUCUCCAAUUAGGGCUUCUCAACAUUCCCAAGCUCAUUUUCCACUGACCCAUAUUUCUCAAGUUACUGAAUCCUAUCAUUGUAGAUGUCCAUCAAUAAAGAGGUGGAAAAUUUUGUGCUUUAGGCAUGAAAAAUCUUCUUCAGAUACCUCAAACCAUGAAUCUAUUGAUGAUAAUCUCCAUGAAGAUUUGCGGGAGUCUGAUUUUGCAAAACCAAGUAGUCCAAAAGAAGAUUCAGUUUUGAUUCUUAGAGAGGCUGCAGCUGCUGUACGUGGAAGUAUUGACAAACCGUGGGAUGUCCCAUGGACGUUAGAGACCAUCUUGCAGGUGUCACUUCUUUGGAUGACUGCAUUUUGGUUUGUGGGGUCUUGGUUGGUUCCGUGUGGAGCAGAUAUGAUGGGCUACAAUAAGGCAACUUUGACAUAUCGAGGCCAAGCAUUCCUAAGUCUUUUAACAGACGUAAUGGAAGGUCUUGCUGGAGGUGCAAUCUUAUAUCACUGCCUGUCAAAGUUUCAUCCCCUUCCAUCAGACUGGUUCACAUUCAGCUUAAAAGGUAAUUGGCUCUUCGAUGUUGUUGUUGGAUGUCUCAUGUUUCCAUUGGUCAACCGGUUGUCGCAAUUCAAUCUUGAUCUAUUGCCCAUUCUUCCUUCAACCUCUGUCUCAAGUAUAGAGCAAUCAAUCAUUGCCAAAGAUCCUGUCGCUAUGGCAGUGUACGCGGUGCUACUCAUGGUGUGUUCUCCUGUAUGGGAGGAGUUGGUGUUUCGGGGUUUUCUUCUUCCAUCAUUGACCAGGUACUUGCCAAUAUGGGGCUCGAUCCUCGUAAGUUCAGUUGCAUUUGCUCUAGUACAUAGGAAUAUAUAUAGGAUGUUACCACUGAUCUUUCUUGGGCUUCUAAUGGGUGUUAUUUAUACACGGUCUAAGAACCUAUUACCAUCAAUUCUGCUGCACAGCCUCUGGAAUUGCUUUGUUUUCAUUGCAUUAAUGAAAUGAUAUUCUUUACUUA